AUGUCCUCAGACCGGCCCAUGGACGCGCCUACGCCGGAAGAGGGGGCACAACGCCGCUAUUUCAUUUCACGGACAGAUUUCGAGACAUCCGACAACACACACAUCUUCCAACGCGACGCCCUGGAGAAAGUUAUCGACGAUGGCGUUCUUGACCUCACAGAUACCGAGGGAAACACUCACAAGUACACCGUCGUCAAGCCUCUCGGAGCCGACGACGACGACGAUCAAGAAGAUGACACACAAGAUGGAGACGGCGAUGGGGGCAGUGACCAUGGCGAUGAUCCUGAACAACCGGACCCUAGUCUAGAGUGUCCUGCCUUUGCUGGGAUGAAGAGGUCUAGCGUCUUAAGUGCACUGAAGAAGUGGAGGUUUGCGCUUUUUGGCCUGACUAGACCUCUCCCGCUUCUCGCACGACACCAUACUUGGAAUCUGGAGCAGAACAAACAUCUUCUCGAUGGCGAAGGCAAGGUGGCCUUCCCUCAUCCUGGCAUUGAGGAUGAGGGGUUGACCGUUGUAGACACCAAGGGCGACAGGUUUUUUGUCCCGCUGAUUCUACACCAUCGGAGUCAAGCGUGGGAUGAUGGCUUACGUGCCAAAGCCAUCAUGGACAUCAUUGAAGCAUUAUUUCGUGAUACGGUCACUCUCUCAAUUCCUGAAGACCUCAGCCCAGUCGCGAAGAGGAGGAUUCGAAGACUACAAAAGCACAAGGCCUGGCAGAAACGAAAUCGAGGUCCUCCACUUACACAGAAUCAGUCGGGACUAGAUAACUCGGCGACCGAACAGGAUCGGCAGAAGAGGUCUGCAAGCGAGAUGAACGAGGAAUUCUGGAAGGCCGUUGAGGAGGUUCGAUCUGGUGCCCUGACCGUUCGCCAGGCUGUAUCCAAGUAUGAAACCGUGUCGCUGGGUUAUCUGACUCCCUUCGCUGUACGUCCUGAUGCGGAGGACCUGCACCGACGUCGACUUUUGGCUUUUGAAGACAUCAAGUCUGGUUUCUCGGUCUUCAAGGCGUACAAGCGCAACCGCCUGUCAGCCAAAGAUCUCGACUGGUUCAGACGAAGAGAGCUUGCACAUGACCCCGACUUGGAACUUCGCAACAUAGGAGCUGCUAUCGCCGCCGUCCUGACUGAGAAUAUGUCGCCCGUCGAUGCCGCAAAGAAAUACAAGAUCAAGCAUAAAGUCCUACGGCGACAAAUCCAUCCCUUGAAGGUUUGGAAACACGAAGUCGAGCAGGUUCGCCGAGCGAAGGCGGCCGCGGCAGAUGUUGAUAAGGGAGUGAUGUCCCUCAAGGAGGCGGAGGAGGUAUACAAGAUGCGGAAAGCCACCAUCGCAAUAUACCUCGCACAACCGAGAACCGCAGGAGAUAUGCAAGCGAAGAAGGAAGAACGCCAAAAGCGAAUCAAGCUAGCAGCCGCCGAUUGCGAAGCCGGCAAUCUAUCGAUUAAAGAGGCUAUAGAGAAGUACAACGUGAAGCGUGAGGACAUCUGGGCUCAGAGCUCAAUACCCCAAUGGCGUAGGCCAAAGCCAGAGUCGGAGAGUGGUCCAUCGAACCAGUAA